AUGUGUAGUCCGUGGGUGGCACAGCUUGGCGAGCUGAUGGUCUUUGCUCUGAUCACCCAGGCAACUCUCAAACCAGCAAUGCCUCCGGUGAUCAAGGAUCAGCCUUUCAAUGUUUUCUGGGCUGCUCCUACCUUGUUUUGUAAGGACCAUUUUGAUGUAGAUAUGAAUCUUCAAUUAUUUGACAUCAUCCCAAAUCCUUCAGAAACCCAGAGCGGAUCCACGAUUUCCAUACUUUACCCAAAUGAGCUCGGAUAUUACCCUUACUUCUCUGGAGAUGGAGAAUCCUUCCAUGGUGGAAUACCUCAGAAUGUGAACCUUUCCGAGCACCUCAAGAAAAGCGCCAGUGACAUUGCAGACGCUGUCACUUGGUGGAGAUCAGAAGGACUUGCUGUGAUUGACUGGGAAGGCUGGAAGCCCCAGUGGGAUAGGAACUGGGGCAACAGGGUGAUAUACAAAAACCGCUCGUUAGCUCUCACUCGAUACCACCAUCCUGACUGGUCAGAAGAGAAGGUGAGAACAGUUGCCCAACAGGAAUUUGAAAAGGCUGGAAGGAGUUUUAUGAACGUUACUCUCACUCUGGCUUUAGAAAUGAGACCGAAGCGUUUAUGGGGCUUCUAUCUCUACCCAGACUGCUACAAUUACGAUUACCGGAUAAAUCCAGAGUUCUACACAGGUAGUUGCCCAGAUGAUGAAAUUUUCCGCAAUGAUCAACUCUUGUGGCUGUGGGAAAAAAGCACAGCACUUUAUCCUUCCAUAUAUUUGAGUAAAAUAUUAAAAUCGAACUUAAAUGCCCUGAAAUUUGUUCAUUUUCGAGUGAGAGAAGCCCUGAGAAUUGCUGAAAUGGCUAGAAAGGACUAUGUUUUGCCGGUUUUUAUUUUUUCCAGACCAUUUUAUUUGCAGAGUAUUGAAGCUCUGUCAGAGGAGGACUUAGUGCAUACAAUUGGUGAAAGUGCUGCCUUGGGAGCAGCAGGAAUAAUACUGUGGGGAGGAUAUGAAUAUUCUGAUUCCAGGGAGUCUUGCUUUUCUGUGCAACAAACUAUUCAAGGGCUCUUGGGUCCCUAUGUGCUCAACGUAACCUCUGCAGCCAAGCUCUGUAGUCAAAGUCUAUGUAACAGUCAUGGACGAUGUGUUCGAAAGACAGCUGAAUCCUCCUUUUAUCUGCAUAUGCCUGAAGAUAGCCACAAGAAUUAUGUCAUAAAAAAGGGCUACAAAUUUGUCAUUUCUGCAAGGAGUAAGCAGAAGACAAUAAUGAAUAUGAAGAAUGGAUUUGUGUGUCAUUGUUACUAUGGCUGGCAUGGAGAGUCCUGCAGAUUGCGCUUUCCAAAUCUCUUGAGUCAGAAGAACAAGGCUUCUAUAGCUGCAUUUAAUUCAUUAGCUUUUCUUACGACUUUAACUGUGACCCUGAUGAAUUUUUUCUUAUUCCCUACUAUGGUGUCAAUUUUUUCUUAA